ACAAAGUUCAAACACCACCUUUCGUCAACAAUUCAUGAUGAUAGACGGUAGAUAUGUUCGAAUAUGCGGAAGUCGUGGAGGUAGUAAGAGAUUUUUAACACCUCCACCUUCAUCCGAUCAGAUUUUAGAGAAGUCUACUAAAACUAUAAAGCGCACUGAUUCAGAUCAACAAUCACAGUUUUUACCAGGACCGUUAAGUAGAAAACAUCUCUUAAUUCGUGAAAUGGAUUUUGGGGAUGGUUUACACACUCGCAAAAAAUUGCCACGAGUUUACUUAGAAGUGUUUCCAAAAUGCAAUAGCCCAUUAGAUACUGUAGCACAAACAUAUUUGAAAUCUGCUUUUUCUGAAACAAUUGAUGUAAGGAGAGCUAUGUUUGCAGCAACAGCGCUUAAUGAAUAUAGAAAUAAAGACAAGUAUUUGUUUCCUCUUCAGUAUCGAAAUGGUCAGAAAGAAGUAUUAUGUCGUUUAAAAGAAACGGAUGGUUUAUUAUCGUCACAAAAUGCAAGCGAAAAACAGGAGCUCGCAUCUGACGAUAAAAAAAUAAUAACUAAUAUGUUGUCUGGUAUGUUUGAUUAUGUAGAAACAUCGUUCUUGGGUGAUGCUAUACUUCAAGUUGACCCCGACGCGGCGGCAUUGUCAAAGUCACCAGAAAAGUUACUGACAUCGCAGCCACAACCUGAACCCACCGCAAUUUCGCACGUACGAAAAACAGCUCUAGAACUACGCCGUUUGAACGUUACGGUUAUUGAGGCAAAAGAGUGUGCGUCUAAUAACACGGUUUGCUGCGAGGAAGAUUAUUGCCGCUUAGGUUGUAUUUGUUCUUCUCUAAAAUGUUUGGCCUCUGGUAUUAAAAGGCAUUGCGGUAACGUGGAAUGCAUGUUUGAAUGCAAAUGCGAAUAUACACACCGUCUUCGACAGAAACGUGUAUUAUCCAAUAAUGCUAUUGACGAAGAUGAUAUGUUGGAAUUAAAAGAUCGCGUUUGUAGCGGACUAGCACCGGUAGAAGCAGAAUUUAAACACGCAGUUGUAGUAAAUCAAGAUCAUAGCGUCACUUUAGUGGAUGGCGAUACAGAAAAACGGAAACGAUCUGUUAAAGUUCCCAAACGUUUCGAUGAUUACAUAUCUUCAGAUUUGACAGUUUUUCCGUCUCAGUCUCUAUCACCAACUAAAAAUUCUGAAGAAAUACCGGAACCACGAAAAAUUAUUAGAACACCAAUUAUACCAAAAGAAAAACUACUAUUACCGCGUAAUUUAGAAGUGCGGCUUUACAAUCUUGGUUUGAAGGAUGUUGAACCUUGGUGCAUGGUGCAUGAAUUAUAUAGAUGUUUUUGCGAUUGUAAGGAUGCGUUUGGUGAACCAUUUGCAGAAAGAAAACGUGAUAUUUCACCAGAUGUUACAGAUCAGACUGAAGAUACAAAAAAAAGUGAACUUUCUAUAAAAACGCUUAAUAGGACGAUUUUGUUAGAAACAGACGAUAAAAGCACUGCACGUAAGAAAAAUUGGCAUGUGGAGUGUUUUUCCAGUGAUAUAGGUAACGAAGAAUCCUCAGAUGUAACUGAAUAUGUCAGACGUAAGCCAGGUCCAGCAUCUUCAAAAUAUCGAUAUGCUGCAUCUUCAAAACAUAGAGAUACAUCUGGAAUUGUUUCUUCGAAAUAUAAAGAAACUCAUAGCCCCAUACCUUCAAAAUGUAAAGAUGCUAAAUCAUCAAAAUAUGUAGACUCAUCGUAUAGAUCUAAGUGUAGAAAUUCUUCUAGUAGCGCGUCUGCAAAACAUUCAGAUAUUUCCGACGAAGAUUUGAGCGUAAGACGUAGAUCAAAUGAUUGUGUGAAAAGAAUGCGUUCCAGUAUCGAGGAAGAUAAAAGUGACAACAUUGUAACCAAACAGCCGCGAUUACAAAUCAAAUCACCUUGGGACUUAAACCAAAUGGCAGACAAAAUAUCCUCCGAUAAAAAAGAUGGAGAUACUGGGUCCUUGCUUCGUGAAUUUACUUUAUCUACCACUAGUGUUUUAGGCAAGAAUUUCGUAGCUAAGGAUGUUUCCAAAACUAGUAAAAAUGACAUGAGUUAUAUUGAAACAACUAUACGACAGCAAAGAGAUAAUAUGAAAAAAUCAAUGCGAUGCGCUAGAAUUGACCAACCUUAUUCAUCUAAGCGUGACAGAAAAGAAUUAAGCGAAAAAGAAACGCAAAAACGUUUCAAUGAAAUAUGCGAAAAAAAUGCAAAUCCAGAAUCAUUAAGGCGAUUACAAAUAUUAGUGAAACGCAGCCAGAUUGUAUCUAAUAGUAGUUUUUCAGGAAAUACGAUGGAUAAUUCAAAUAAUGCUGAUGAUGAUGCCGUUCCAAUAAAAAUCACACCAGUAAAACAUGCUUUGCCUUUGUCUUUGGGUCCUCCACCUCUUAAACCAGCGCCAGGGAUAGUUUCAUCCAAACAAAUUGAAACAAAAGUAGUCGAUAUGAUAUCAUCCCCAUUGCCGCAAAAAGAUCAAAAGGCAAUGAGCUCUAUGGUAAACAAAGAAAUAAUAAGAAUGUUGAACCAAAAAGGAGCUCUGGAUGCUUAUUUUGACAUUUCAAAACCUUGGUUGUACGAGUUUCAAUGCCUUCAAUGGUAUAAAAUGCUUUGUAAGUAUAAGAAUAGUCAGAUAAAGUUGUGGCUUGAAACAAAGCCUGAACAAAACGGAACUAUGGCUUUAUUAACAACUGGUGUAAAGCCACCAAUUUCUAAUUGUAUAGAUAUGAAAACGUUAGAACCAGCAAUCGCAAAGAAAAAUAUUGCUAAUGUUCCAAAGUUUGCUUUAAAAAUAUAUGCUGAUUGUCAGAAAUUAAUGGAUUGCAAACACAAAUUGCAAUAUGUUUUCAUGCGCGCUUUUCCUACUCACUGGACAUUAGAAGGUGUUAUUGAAAAGGGAUAUAAAUCGAAAAAGGAGACUAAGCCCAGUGUAAAAGAAGUUACGAUUGUUAAAGGAAAAUCUAACGAAUUCGCGAAUAAUGUGCAACCUAAAGACGGAACAAGCCAACGUUGCAAGAAUAAUGUGAACAAAUCCAAUAUGCUUUUGAAUAGCGAAUUGUUAAAGAGUCGUACAGAAAUUGAAGCUACAUUAGUUGAUGCGAAUGUUGUCAAAGAUUCGGAAAAGCGAAAAUUGUCAGCGAUCUCUAAUGGUAAGAGUGUCUCAGUUACAAAAUAUAUUUCCAAAGAAAAUCAGCAAAAAGAGAUACUUGCAAAAAGGAGACGUUUAUCUGAUAGCAAAGAUGUAGACUGUGAUAAAGUAAGAACUGGUUUAAAUAAAAAUGAAAAUUCUAAUUUGACGGUAGAUGUUACAGUUUCUACGUUAAAUAAUGAUUUAAAUGGAGUUGCUAAUAAAAAUCCAAACUUAGAUUCUGCAAAUUUUUCAAAUUGGAGCAGUUCUUUAUCAGACAAUUUCUCCAAACUGGAACCGUUACCAUUUCUAAGUGGUAUGCGAUAUCUUUUUGUUUCAAUGAAAGAAAAUUUUAAUUUACUCACAUCUACUCGCAAAGGUUAUAGGGUAACCUAUCUUCAGUUGAUAAACGCCAUCCAGACAGCGAACCAACAAAACGUCUACGUGCGCCUUAAAUUCAAACAGAACAAUUUAAAUUCCGAUGAACGAGGGGUAGUUUUGGCGGUACCAUGGUGUAAAGAUGGUGUUUUUAUUGGUCCUUACGGCCUCUCAGAAGAUUGUUUGAUAACCAAACAGAUUUAUUGGCGCAAUAAGAUUCUUGGUUUGUCGGAAUAUACGCGCACUGUCUUGAAAAGGAAACCCAGACCAGUUGGGUACUGGAUGUGUUUCUAUGGCGAUGAUAUAAAAUUUUUGCGGGCUUAUCAAAGCCUUGUUCUACGACUAGAAUCAGAUGACAACAAAGAAAUUGUUUCAAGUUCAAUUAUCACUAAUCCAAAUAACACUUCUUUAGCCCAAAUUAAAGGUACAUCGCCGAAUAGCCUGUUAAAAACUACUUUGAAUAAAACACAAUCAUCUACGAAUGUAAUGCAUCAAUCACCUCAACCUGAUACCUCAAAAAUGAUUAGUAUUCCAAAGUUAUUACCUAAACCUCAAGGAGAAUCAGCCGCAAUCAAUAAUACACAAUCUGUUCGCGAUAAAAGACCUUUGUCAAGAUUACAGUCUGAUUUUUCACCUAAUAACAAUAGAAUUGGUUUUAUAAGAAGGCAAUCCCAUACCCAAGAAGAAAAUAGAAAUGGACACAGAGACGCGUUGAUAAGUCGUAGUGUGAAUUUGAACAGAUUGUCUAUUACAGACGAAGCUUCUUCGAAUACAAAACAGAGAACUGUUCUGCAAAAAGCUGUCCCCCAAAUAUCGAACAACAAAAUAAUGUUAAAAAAUAGUCCCAAGGUUAAUUCAGCCAAUACUACAAUACUCAAUGCAAAUUCUACCUCGUCUAGGAGCUUGCUAAGGAAAGAAAAUACAGAUAUUGGCACAACUUCAACUACUGAUGAUAUUUCCAAGGGAGAUACUUCAGAUGAUGAGCCUGAACUAAUCAUUAAUGAGGCUGAAAAUGUCGUUAUUGACCUCCUAUCUGAUUCUGAAGAAGAACUUCAUGACAUGGGUGCUCCUGGUAAAAGAUGGCUUUAUUGUGAUGUCAAUGGAAUAGGUUAUGUAGAGGCGCAAGUUUUGCAAAACCACAAAAUUUCAGUAAGCCUUCCACUAUCUUCAACUGGUACAGAAUUUGCAAAUUUAGAAGAUGCUACUUCUUUUAUUAAUACAAACCUAAGGAAAGUUGUCUAUUUUUUGCCUAACUCAUUUAUACCCACCUGGACUGUAACUACUUCAUUCAAUGUUGUUCAGAAUAUGAAGAAAAUGAGCGCUGUUCUCUUUCAAGGAAGUUUUGUAAUAUACAGCCAUAUGUUGAUUGACUUAUCAAAUUUGAGAAAUAUUGAUGAUCACAUUAAAAACAAGAGAGAUCGAGAGCUAGCGAUGAAAUAUGCUGAGCAUUAUACUGUACGAUAUAUUAAGCAAGCACUUGGAUUCAAAGCCUCUUGCCAACUUUCUAGGAAACAACUUGCUGAUGCUGCAUGCACUGAAAUCAAGUCCAUGACAAAUGUAGAAUCGAAAUUGAAUUUUGAAAAAAACAUUUUGCUCAGCUCUAGAGCCAAAUUGUUGGGAAAAGUUCAAGGAUUAAUGAAAACAGCUAAAGCAAUGCAAAAAUUUAAAAAAAUUGCUCCGAAACAAAAAUUACAUCCUGAUAAUAUGAUUAUAAUAGAUGAAUAAGC